AUGGCACUGGUGGAUGUGGCGGUCGGCGGUGGAGUUGAUGGUAGACUGAGUCAUCAUAAUUUGAGGGCUAAAGAUGUCGUGAGUCCAGCAGCAAAAGGGACUAGAACCAUUGUACUGAAAAGAUUGUCUGAUGAGAAUGAAUUGAAGGAUUCUUCAGCGUCUUCAUCUAGAAAUGUUAUUAGUAGCAUAAGUACUAGUAGUAGUAGUAGUAACAAUUUUGUCGGGUUUGAGGAAGACCCUCUUGUAGAUAAGUUGAGGACUCAAUUGGGAGUAAUUCAUCCACUUCCAUCACCGCCGAUAAAUCGGCAUAUUGUGGGGUUAUUUGUGUUCUUUUUCUUUGUAGGAGUAGCGUUUGAUAAAUUGUGGACUUCAAGAAAGAGGAAUAAUAGUAGUAGAAAUGGUGGUAAGUUGGGUGGGGAUAUGUGGAGGUCAUCAGUGCAGGUGCCAACAAGCCUUUCGACGUUUUUGGAAAAGGAUUUGCAGAGGAAAGAAUCAGUUGAGUGGGUAAAUAUGGUGUUAGGGAAGUUGUGGAAGGUUUAUAGAGGUGGGUUUGAGAAUUGGAUCAUUGGUUUGUUGCAACCUGUUAUUGAUAAUCUGAAAAAGCCUGACUACGUUCAGAGGGUUGAGAUAAAGCAGUUCUCCCUCGGGGAUGAGCCAUUGUCUGUUAGGAGUGUUGAAAGGAGGACUUCGCGCCGUGUCAAUGAUUUGCAGUACCAGGUUGGACUUCGUUACACUGGUGGUGCUCGUAUGCUGUUAUUACUAUCACUGAAUUUCAGCCUUGUUCCCAUUUCUGUGCCUGUUGGUAUUCGGGAUUUUGACAUUGAUGGGGAACUGUGGGUGAAACUGAGAUUAAUACCAACAGUGCCCUGGGUGGGAGCAGUUUCUUGGGCAUUUGUUUCUCUUCCAAAGAUAAAAUUUGAACUAUCACCAUUUCGCUUGUUCAAUCUGAUGGCCAUUCCUGUCCUCUCCAUGUUUCUGAGAAAACUUCUUACUGAGGAUCUACCCAAGCUAUUUGUUCGUCCAAGGAAGAUCGUUUUGGAUUUUGAGACAGGGAAAGCAGUUGGCCCUGUUCCAAAUGAUAUCAAGUCUGGAGAAGUUCAAGAAGGAAAUAAGGACUUUGCAGGAGAAUUAUCAGUGACUCUUGUAGAUGCAAGAAAACUUUCAUAUUUUUUCUAUGGCAAAACAGAUCCAUAUGUUAUAAUAUACCUAGGUGAUCAAGUGAUACGCAGUAAAAAGAACAGUCAAACUACAGUCAUUGGACCUCCUGGUGAACCUAUAUGGAAUCAGGAUUUUCACUUGCUAGUUGAGAACCCUAGGAAACAGAAGUUAUACAUUGAAGUAAAGGAUUCCCUUGGUUUUGCUGAUCUCACAAUCGGUACAGCAGAGGUUGAUCUUGGAUCUCUAGAAGAUACUAUACCUAAAGAUAGAAUUUUGGUCCUCCGAGGUGGAUGGAGACAGUUUGGAAGGGGAUCUGCUGGCGAACUCCUUGUGAGGUUAACCUAUAAAGCAUAUGUUGAGGAUGAAGAAGAUGAAAGAACUGAGGCUAAGUUAAAGGAUGGAGAUGCUUUGGAUGAUGAUAUAUCUGACAUUGAUGAACUAGAUGCUAUGUAUGAGCAGAAUGGACUGGAUUCAUCAAGCGCAACUGAUAAAGAAUCAUUUAUGGAUGUUUUAGCAGCGUUAAUUGUCAGCGAAGAAUUUCAAGGGAUAGUUGCAUCUGAAAAUGGAUUUAAUAAAUCUUUUGAUAAUUCAAAAAAUGGAUCCAGCUCUAGAUUGGCAGGGACUACAAUUGGUUCUGUUCGCCCAAAUUCUGAUAGUGGUUCUAGAAGCUCUGGAGGAUCAGCUUUACUUUGGUUAGCUGCUGUUACGAGUGUUGCUGUCCUAAUUGCUAUCAAUGUGGGUGGUUCGGGCUUUUUCAAUCCUUGAUAUCAUUGGGUCAACCCAGGAAAAAUAUUUUCAGCUUCUUUAGGUCCAGCUACCAUGUAAAUCUCCCCUUGUAUUCUUGUUGACAAAGCCUGCAGUUGCGUCAAUGUUCAAGUGGUUACUGUGCCAAUCUAAAUUGCGGGGCUGGCAAAGUUUCUUUUUGAAUAAAGAGAGGAUUGGUGCAGCUUGUAGGCUGAUUUUUACUUUAACCUUUGUGUCUUCUGAUUCAUUUCUAAGAUCAUUGACUUGAGGAAGAGAGAUGUUCUUUUGGCGGCAAUUAUGGAAAUAAACUUCUAUGUUUUUUUUUUCCCCUAUUAUAGCUUAUAUUUCUUUCAUCUUUUUGAAAAUUUCUGUUGUACAUAUGAUAUGACUGCUUAUAGAAGAACAUCUAGCUGCUGCCCUUCUUACCUUGCCAUUUGAAUGAAAAAAUAUGUACAUCAUUGAUUUAUCUCAAAUGCAAGAAUUGCAAUUUUACCAAGA